AACAAUUAGUUCAUUUAGUUCCGCUAGAUGCUGCAACAAUCAGUGAAUCGCAAAAAAUGGCUGACGGUAUCACAGAUAGCGAAAAAGCGUCCGCCACUAAUGAUCAAGAAACAAAACCCUCAAAUGUAAGCGAAGAAAAUGCAAAUAACGAAAGUAAAGAAGUUGAAAUUCCAAGAAUUUGCUCGCCCACAGUCUCAAAACCAAUUCUGACCCAAUCUCACUUUGGUAGUUCGUACUCAGUGCCUGGUGUCACGAAACAACUUAAUUCUGGGACACCUCCACGAUUGAAAAACGAUGCAUUUCUAAGUAAAACAUCAGGAACAGAUUCUCCCGCUCGUACUAAAUCGAUUUUAAAACCCCCCACAUUUACAAGUGGUUUCAAAUUAAAACCAAGCAGCUUAAAUCUUGUCACUAGUUUCGAUAAAGUUGAUGAUGAAAAGAAUGGAAAUAAUGAAAAUAAUAUUGGGAAAAGUGGAAAUUCUAAUGGAGAGGGAUUAAAAUUUGUUCCAUUAGUUCAAUCUGAACAAAAGGAUAGUGACAAAAUUAUUAAACCAAUUACUACAACAUGUACUCAAACCCAACCAAUUCAAACAAAUUUUGUUUUUGGUCAAAAUUUAGAAGAAAGAGUAAUAGCUGAUGAUUGUCGCCCAUCAACAAGUUGUUCUAACUCUAACGGAACCUCAGAAUCACUUUUUAGUAGUGCUAUAAAAGAAAAUAAUAUUGAAGCGGUUGGGACAUCAUCAAAAGAAGGAAAAUCAUUAAGUGAAUCUGCAAGGGAAUAUGAAGAAAGUCGAGCAGUUAAACGAAAAUAUGAUGAAGUUGAGGUUAUAACUGGUGAAGAAGGUGAAACAAAUAUUACGCAUGUUUCAUGUAAAUUAUUUGCUUAUGACAGUACAAGUUUAUCAUGGCAAGAACGUGGGCGAGGAAAUUUACGGUUAAAUGAUCGUGAAGUUGUUGAGGAUAAAAAAACUUUUAAACAAAGUCGGCUUGUUUUUCGUACAUCUGGUAGCUUAAGAGUUUUAAUGAACACAAAAAUUUGGGCUGAUAUGAUGAUACAAAAAGCAGGUCCAAAAAGUAUUCGUUUAACAGCAAUGGAUAGUAAGGGAGAUAUAAAAGUGUUUUUAAUUAUGGCUAGUAUAGAAGAUACAGGGCGGUUGCAUAAACUGUUGCAAGAUCGUGUGCAAAGUGAACAGACCACUAGUUGUAAGCAAAGGAAGAUGAGCAUUGAAACCACAAAACCAGAAUCAGAAAAAGAAACUACAAGUUCAACAGAAACUUAACGGACUUAACGCAUCUUUUUUUUUUAAUUAUCGGUUAAUUUAUGCGCCUAUAAUGGUUAAGAUUUAAAAAAAAAAACAAUUUAAUGACUCCCGUCUUAAAAACCCUGAGUGUACUUUGAAACAUUUUCUUUUUAUUCAUAUGAUUUCUUGUCACACCUUUGAGGUUAUGUUUAAGGAAGAAGCGAUUUUUUUCUUUUUUGUACAAAAAUAAAACAUAUAGGCAAUAAAAAUAGAUCAUAGAAUUUUUCUUUCUACUUUUUUGAUUGAUUUGAACGUGGAAAACUCGAUUUGGUCUUAUUUAUAAUGUAGAUGUCAAAGUUAGCUGUCAUUUCAAUUACUUUUUAAGUUAAUAUUUUUUGUAAAUGUUUAAUGAUCAAAAAUUCAUUGUGCAAAAUUAUAGAGAAUAAACACAUCUUUUCUGAAUAACA